CUAGCAGUCAGAUUGGCAUCUUUGAUAUCCAUACAAGUGGGCCCUCUUCUGAUACAAAUAAUGAAGUAAUUCGAUUUUUGAGAAGAAAACCAAAUUGGUGGGACUGAAACCGUGUUGGAGCUCAGAUACAGAGUUUCAUGGCUUGAGGCGACUAAAACCAAUGCAGGCGUCUGCCCAGCAAUGGAGAGAACAAGCUCCACCCUGGGCCUAGCAGCCGCUCUGGUUUCUAUGGCUGAGAGCUGUACAACCAUGCGAGACCUCAAGCGAAUCCAUGCCCGCGCAAUCCGGACAGGCCUCCACCUCCACUCUGUUAUCCUUGCUAAGAUGCUGAGGUUCGCUGCCGUCUCGCCUUCGGGCGACUUACACUACGCUCACCGCCUCUUCUCUUGUAUGAACCAACCAAACACCUUCUUUUUCAACACUCUCAUUCGAGGUUACAGUAAGAGUUCUUCUCCUUCUCAUUCUAUAUCCUUUUUCAUCCAGAUGAGACGUUAUUCCGUCGACCCAGAUGGUUUUACUUUCACUUUUCUACUCAAGGCGAGAUCAAGGAUGAGUUUGUCUUUGAUUAAGGCAUCGGAUGAGCUCCAUGGGCUAGUAUUGAAGUUUGGAUUCUCUUCGCAUUUGUUCGUCCAAAAUGCAUUGAUUCAUCUUUAUGCUGCGAGGGGGGCUCCUGAUGCAGCUCGUCGAGUUUUUGACGAGACAUUGGAUCCAGAUGUUGUGUCUUGGUCGGGCUUGGUGGUGGCGCAUGUGAAAGCCCGUGAUUUGGAUGCUGCACGGCUCCUUUUCGAUCAAAUGCCGAAGCGAGAUGUGGUUUCCUGGACUGCGAUGAUCUCUGGUUAUACCCAAUCGAAGCGGUCUAUGGAGGCCCUAGAAUUGUUCGGAAAAAUGAGGGAAUCUGGGGUGAGACCAGACGAGGUCACCAUGGUGAGCGUCAUCUCAUCCUGCACUCACUUGGGAGACUUGGAAGCAGGGAUUGGCAUUCACCGUUACAUCGACGAGAAUGAUUUCGGAUGGAUGGUUUCACUAUGCAAUGCGCUGAUUGACAUGUAUGCCAAAUGUGGAUGCAUGGAAGGUGCACUCCACAUUUUUAACAAGAUGGAGAGGAAGAGCUUGAUCACUUGGAACUCAAUGAUCUCUGCUUGUGCAAACCACGGGAAUGUUGAAGAAGCGGUUGGGCUGUUCCAUGAGAUGCUUGGUUCCAGGGUGUGGCCUGAUGGCGUUACAUUCCUUGCACUCUUGACUGCCUACACCCACAAGGGCUGGGUUGAUGGGGGAUGUAGCUUGUUCAAUAGCAUGUGCAGUGACUAUGGGAUUAAAGCUGGUAUAGAGCACUACGGAUGCAUGGUCGAUAUGUUAGGCCGGGCUGGGAGAUUGGAAGAGGCAUACAAGCUUAUAACAAGCAUGCCAAUACCAAGCAAUGAUGUUGUUUGGGGUGCAUUGCUUGGUGCUUGUAGGAUCUAUGGUGACGUAAACAUGGCAGAACGAGUCGUGAAGAAGUUAUUGGAACUGAAACCUGACGAAGGAGGAUACUACAUUCUCCUCUGUGAUAUCUAUGUGGCCAUGGGUCGUCGUGCAGAAGCCAUUGAGCUGAGGCGUGAGAUGGAGGCCAGGGGAGCAAAGAAAAAUCCAGGCUGUAGUUGGGUUGGAUUGGGAUCAUAAAUCUUCAUUGCUCAAUGUACCGUUUGUAUUUAUGAAGUUAACAUCCUUAUCUGUUGGCUUUGGUUUCACUGUGGCAACCAGUGGAUGAGUGAAACUAAGCUCUUUCCAAAACAAACCCUCUUGACGAGGAUUGUUGCAGCUUUGCUACUCGUGGUCUUCGCUGAAGUGCAUCUAAUCAGUCAGAAUUCUACAGCUAGACAACAGUACCUGUUGUCUUUGUUGCAGCGCUGCGAAAGCAGCAAGGAGCUAACCCAGAUUCAUGCCCAGAUAUAGUGGUAAAUGGAUUCUCUCAGAACAUUACAUUCUUACUAAGAUUUUAUCUUUGAACCUUGUACAUGCCCAACAGGAUUUUGAACAAAUCAUGAAUUGGAUCACAAUUGACUGGAACUAGGUUAUCACAAGGAAUUUUGCUACCUUAGGACCGUUAUAGUUAUGGCCGCAGUUCACCGGGGCUUCGGUCGUCGGCUCCCCUGUCAUCAGGUCACCAACUUCCUUGACCUUCCGGCACUGGGCAGGCGUCAGCCCCCAUACAUGGUCUUACGACUUUGCGGAGACCUGUGUUUUUGGUAAACAGUCGCCCGGGCCUGGUCACUGAUUUUGAACAAAUCAUGAAUUGGAUCACAUUUGACUGGAACUAGGUUAUCACAGGCUGUGUCGAAUGGAGCACCAUAGAAUUAUUUCCAGCUAUACAAUCGAACGGAUGCUUCAGAAGCCAAAUCUGAUGGUUCACCUUCUUGUUCCUUCUCAAUGCUUGUCCAAGACCAUCCUAUUUGAAAGAAGGGGAGUAACUACAGUGGAGAAUUCUGUUGAGUGGACUGUGCUCAUAUGUUUUUUUGCAGAGAAUCUAGUCAACACAUGUUAUUGCCGGACGGGUCACAGGUCGCGUGAAGGCAUGAAAGGUGUUCAAUAAGAUGAUCCAACGGAACCUGAGGAGAUGAAUUCCUUGCUUUCUGGUUAUUUUAGAUGUGGAGAUGUUGAUACUGCAUGGGACAUAUUUGAUAAUAUGCCAGAAAGGAAUGGUGUAUCAUGGACUACCAUGAUUGCAGGUUAUGCAGACUAUGCCAAUACCAGGAGAUGCAAGCAGGCACUAGCAUUGUCCUAUGAGACGAAGUGAGCUCAAGUGGAAAAGCACCAGGUGGCUUUGUUAACAGCAUUAUCAGCUUGAACUGCACUAGGAGACUUGUGGCGUCUUUGGUUCGGUAAAUCUGCUGGUGCAUGUAUCGAUUUUGGACAUGAUUCCAUUGAGAGACUUUUUGUGGAACAAUUAUUAAAUAGAAUUAUGACCUCAUAUGAGUGUAAUAAAAGGGUAAUCAGUUAAA